UAGAAGCUACCAGGGCAAGGAAUCUCUCAAAAGCAAGCAAAGCUUGAAAUUGGCACUCUCUAUCUGGAUCUGGCUCUGGAUAAAAUAAGAAAAGAAGAAGGAAGUAAGAUCGAGAGGAAGAAAAAUGGGAGUAGAAGCAGAGAAUUCAAAAUGGGAACCAAAUCCAUCACUCUACGGAUUCAUAAUAAUGUGUUGCUUCUUUUCAAUCGCUCUCUUUCCUCGUUUUUUCAACAAAUCUGUCUCUCCCUCUGCCUUCUCUGAUCAGUCCCUCUCUCCCUCUUCCCACCGAUACUUCCUCUUCCUUUACUCUAUCGCUUCAGCGAUGGAAGGAGUUUGGUCGGUUUUCGGAGAUUUUGAAUUUGUUUAUAAUGGCAUGAGUAAGGAGCAGAUACUCUUCUCCCUUUGUCUUGGAUUUGGAUCUUCUCUUCUUUUCGCUUCUCUUCUACCUUUCCUCUCUGAUUCAAUAGGCGGACACCACAAGGCAUGCUUGAUGUUUUGCAUACUACACCUCUUUGUCGGUACAUGGAAGAGGAUGGUGCCACAAUCACACCCUUGUAUUUGGUUACCCACUCUCUCUUCAUCGCUCGCCACUUCCAUUUUUUCUUUUGCUUUCGAGGCGUGGCUCGUUCUUGAAAAUGAAAACCAAGGGUAUAGGCAACGUGCUCUCACUCACACUUUUUGGUUAAUGACUUUCUUUGAGUCUGCAUCAUUGAUUGGAAGCCAGGUGCUUGCAAAUUGGCUACUUGCUAGUAAUGUGGCUACAGGAAUUGCAUCUUCUUCCACUGCAACUAUCUUCAUUGCAAUCAUUGGCAUUUUCUGUGUCACCAAAGGAUGGAAGCAAGCCCCAUAUUCUGCACCAGUAAAGGAUCGCCGCCAGAUGUCUUACACGCAUAUCUUUAGUGAUAAACGGAUAUUGUUACUGGGUUUUGCACAUGCUUGCCUUCAGUUCUCGAUUGCAAUCUUCUGGAUCCUGUGGGCCCCAACAUUGGUGGCUGAUGGACGAGAAGUGCAUCUAGGAUUGAUAUAUCCAUGCCUAAUGGGUGCAAGAAUGCUGGGAAGCACUGUGUUUCCAUGGUUAUUGAGUGGUCCAUCAUCACUUCGGAUUGAAGAUUGCCUAGUAUAUGCUUUCACUGUACUGGGGCUUGCCUUGUCUAUUGUAGCUUAUGAUUAUCAGGAAAUUGGAGUUUUAGUGUCAUUGUUUUGCCUAUUCCAUGCGGGUGUGGGCCUGAUUAUACCUUUACUCGCAAGAUUGAGGACCAUUCAUGUACCAAAUGAAUUGCGUGGAGGGAUGAUAAGCCUUUCUCUAGCACCCGCAAAUGCAGCUAUUCUGUUUUUGCUGAUACUAAGAGGCUAUUACCAGAAAAUAGAGAAUUCAACAAUUGUGGCACUCGCUGCUCUUGGGCUUUUCAUGGCAUCUGGUUCCAUGCAUUUGUUGAAGCGUUGGGGAAAGCAGCCGUUUCAAAACUGGCACAAGUCAUAAUUUCCAGAAGCUCCGUUGGAUACCAAGCACCAAAGUUGAUUUGGUUAUGGUGUCCAUCAUCUGUUUUGGAUUGAUUAACUGAAAGUUGAAAGAGUGAUCUUUUCUGCUCUCAAGACACAAUGAAGUCAGCAAAAAAGGCAACACUGGUUUCUCAGCAGCCGUUUCAGCAAGGAGGCUUAACUACUGAUUAACGAGCCACUAUGUUAAGUUACAAUUUACAGAGAGCUAAGAGUGGUCAAGAAGCAACCUGCCAGACAAUUUUUGAUUAAUUUAGGUUUGAACUAGAACCUGAGUAGCCAUAUUUUGAUGGCUUUUUUUUUUACCCUGUGAGAAUUAUUGACAGCAAAACUGGAAAAAAUACAUGAGAAAAAAGGAAGAUGCUCAAAAAAGAGGUUUGCGUGAGUUGAAACUGACAGGAAUUUCAAGACUUGCUAAGCUUCAUUAUUCAAGCAAGGCACUAUACACAAUUGAUGUAACAGCUGCUUGAUUGCAUUUCCAGAGUUUCAUAAUAGUUUACUGUUUAAACCGAAACAGUAUUUUGUGAUCUUCCAUAAUUAAUCUCUGGCACGGUCUUCAUACAAGAA